AUGCUGAAAGAAUAUGCAAGAUCGUACAUCACCGGUCAUGACGUCCUCAUCCAGUGGAUACCUGGCCACAUUGGCAUACCGGGUAAUGAGGCCGCAGACAAAUUAGCGGACGUAGCACAUCUUUCGUCAACAAACUAUGUAGUGCCAUUUUUCAAGGCAGACGUGAAAUCGCUACUUCAGUCCAUUUCAAGAGCAGGUAUGGAGGAACAGUGGCAGGAAGCUGAUCGCCGAUCAUCUCUCCUCUUUAAGAUCGACCCGGAAGGGAAAUACAGGUUCCCAUCCGGUACACGGAGGCCCAUUGAGACGCUGCUGCAUCGUUUUCGGUUGAAUGUCCCGUACGGUCAACAGUUCCUCCACAAGAUUGGGCGGGCAGACUCUGCAUACUGUUCAGUGUGUGCGACAGUGGAGGACACUGAGCACAUUCUCCUGCAUUGUACAAAGUAUGCUCCACAAAGGGCUAGGUUGAUGUAUACCCUCGACCGCCCUGACAACAGGCGUUUCGACGUGGUGAAAGUGCUCGGACUGUGGGACCCAAGAAAACGAGACACUGCCUUUGCGGCACUUGAGAACUUCCUUGUGAGCUGCGGCAUGGAACUCAUAUUUUAG